UAUUUUUAUUAAUAUCCAUUAUUUUUUAUUAUAGUGCAUUACAUAUAUAUAUACAAAAUACACAGCAGUCCUAACGUUUUCCCUGAUUCCUGACAUGCUUCUGAGCAGCACAAUGAAACAUUUAAGGUUGUGUAGUUACAAGCCAUAUUUCUUAUCAAAGUUAACCAAAUGCAAUAUUACAGUCUGUUCUAAGCAGAAGACCUCUGAAAGGCAAAGAAGUACUGUAAAAGUUAAUAAUGGUGAAGGCUUGCAUCAUUCCUCUCAUGGAUAUAUAGAAAGUAUUACAAAGUCACAUGUAGCUGUGGCGUUACAAGACCUGGAAGAUUCUCUUCUGAGGAGGUAUUUCAAAAAAUAUACGAAAUAUCAAAUUAGAUUUAUUUAUGUAACUUUAGCAAUUCUUGGUGUUGGUGGAUUGACUCUUUAUGUUUUUCGAGAACCCAUCAAAAAUAAUUUAUCGGGUGAAAUGGCUGAUGUAGCAAGUAGAUCUUUAGGUGACGAGUCUGUUGUUGUUAAAGCCAACGAAAUGUCAAAACAAGUUUUAAAAGACAUCAUAAAUGAUCCCAAUAGCAGCGUGAUUGUCAGUAACUUUAUCGUGUCGAUUUUAAAAACAAAAACUGUCCAAGAGUCUGUUAUUUAUCUUCUUAAAGAUGUAAUAAACAACGAAGACAUUCAAAAAGAAUUAAGUGCAUUAGUGCAAAACACAUUACAGGACAUUCUCAAGCAUCAAGAAACCAGGUUGCUUCUGCUCAAUUACAUAACUUUACUUUUAUCAGACGAUCAAACUAAGCUGGCGUGCCAACAGUUGUUAAAAACAUUAGCAGAUGAUGACUACAGUAAACACAUAUUAGCUCAGUUUUUUAAAGAUGUCCUAUCCUCUGAUACUGUGAAGAAUCAAGCUGUAGAGUUAAGCAAGGACGUUACGCAAAGUAUAGUGAACGAUGAAAACAUUCAAAAAGAGACGGGUACUGCUUUAUGGAAUGCUGAGAAUAUUGCGGGUAUCACAAAGUAGCUUUUUGUCAGAAAUUAAAUGCUUUUCUGCAGUCGUUGCAAAUAUCUUUACAGAAAACUGGUAAGAUUCAUUUUAGCUAUUUUUACUUUCCUUAUUAUUUCCCUUUUUUAUAAGAACAAUAGUUCGAAAAUAACAAAGCAAUGACCUGUUUUACUUGUUGUCAAAUACUAUAUUUUGAAAAUUUAUAAACCACGACUAAUCGUGGCUUCAUUUUUCUUGAACUUGUGUUUCUUACAAACAGAACGUGUAACGAUAGACAAACUUGUUGAAACUCCUUUUUUAAUGCCAAAAUAUUGAGAAGAAUUAUAGUAGAAUCUCAUCUGCUGUCAAUAAUUAUUUUAUUUCUACAUGACCGCAUUUUUCGCUAUAAAAAAACGCAUAAGGCUUAUUUCCAUUCAACGAAAAAUGAGCAAGCAGGCGGAUGUUUUUGCGGAGCGGGAAAAAAAUUUAAUUACCAUUUCAAACUUCGGGCGGGUAGUAAAGGAAUGUAAACAAACAUGGUCGUUGUAGACGUUUUUUUUGUCGUAUUUAAAAUAGUUUUAUUAAGAAUUAAGAAACAAAUGUGGUUGGCCAAUUUUAAAAAUAUGGAAAAAUACAUGGUAAAUUUCAGCGCGUCGUAAAAUAACCUUUAGUUUAUGUUAACGACUAUAUUUAGGGCUCCCAAGUUACAUUCAAAACAAACUGUAAAUGUGAAUUAUUGAAAAUAUUUACCCAGGGUACCCCUCUUCAGUUCCUAUUGAUGCUGCUAUCAACGAGCUUCCUGCCAAUGGGCCCCUAAUGCAGUUAAAAUUCCAAUUUGAGCUACAGGAGCUGUGCAAGCACCGCAAUCGCUCAACUAGAAAACCACUUUAGAUAUCAAUCUUUUCCUCAUGCUGAACGCAAGCAGAAAGGAUCGAGUCACACUUUUUUACUUUUUGACAUUACUUGGCUGGAGUUUGAAUCAAAGAUCUCCUGCGCUGGAAGCAAACGCUAUACAACAAGGAUACCAGUCCGUUUUUUGAAGUGCUUCUUUUUUUUACUCUCAUAUUUCUCUUUUUAAAUUCUUGCCAUGUUUUCCGAUUUUGAACACUUCGGGAAACAAAGUCUUGCACAAAUUACGCGCAUGCGCCUGUAGUAGCGCAUCUAAUAUAAAUUCAGUAAUUUAAUACUGUUCUUUCUCGCAACAAGGCGUUUAUCGUGCGAUGAUCUCACGCCGACGCUCUUAUUGUAAACUCCACUUGUGAAACUCGUACUUGCACAUUGUUUACGACUUGGAUUUAAUCUAAUGCGAAAUACCAAUGUUUACGAGAAAAUUUGUUGUUUGUUGUGUUUGUCAGGAACAUGUGAAAAAGUAGAAGAUCUUAAAUCAUCGUACUCGUCUUGUUGCUUGCCAUCUUGAGCUGUUGAUUUGUUUACGUCAGGAGAGAAAUGAAUGACGCAUUUUAAUUGGUCACUUUUUUCCAGCGUGCUGGAAACUCCGUGCACCUGUUUAAAAUUUUUAAAUUGCAACUUAAUUUUUAUUGGCCAAUGUCUACUUGAUUCGUGCUAUUUUAAACAUUACGACAUCACAACGUAUUUCUUCCGCCUGCUAAUGGAAAUCAACCUAAAAUAAAGAGUACUAUUGUUUUUCAUUCUUAAUUAUGUACGACAAACUUCUGCAUUGUUUAGAAUCCUGCGGCGAUAAUGCUUCAGAAACUUUUGAGCAAUGAAAAACCCUUUUCGUUGUACAGUCAAAGAUAUAUUUCAUCAGCACCAAGUUUAAAAGCAUCGCUACUUCGUAAAGAAUCGCUGUUUGAAACCAAUACCAAGAAACCUUUAUCAAAAACGCGAUCAUCCAGCACCAAAGUGAGUAAUGGCGGUGUAAUUACAACCCGUAGAGAUUCUUUUGUAUCAAAAAUAACCAAAAAAGAUAUAGCGAUCUCUAAAGCAAAUGAACGCUUGCAAAAAAAUAAUAAUGAGAGCCAUUCUCACAAGAUUUUGUUGCAUGAGCGAAAAAAGUCCACUGCAAUUAAAAAAAAAGAACGCAGAGCAGUUUCUGCUUUCGAGAUGACACACACGGAUUUCAAAACAAGAAGAAAUACAAAUUUACAAGAUACAGAUCUGCUGAUUCAGGACAUAGAACAGGAAUGGAUCGAAUAUAUAGAACAACCAAGGAUGAAACACGAAAAUGGUUUGUCGAAGAAAACCCAAUCUAAGUUGUCAAACGACAGCUACUUUAAGACUUCGCAUGAAGAGCAAUUGUCCACCAAAUGCAUAUAUCCAAAACUGGAGGUUUACGCUAAUGUGAUUGAUUUUAUAAACGCAAAAACAAUGGAAUAUUCGAUGCAUGAAAAAAAGCAUGAACAUA